AGACAUGCUUUAUUAUGAUACUGCUUUAUAGCUUGGGGAUAAUUCUCCUUCUUCUUUUGGUGGCUAUCUUCUUUGGAAGGUGCGUUAUGAUGUACACAAUCGAUGGACAAAUUUUGCCUGAACUUGUUGUUUCUUCGUGAUCGAUAUUUUUUUUAUGGCUUGGUUUUAUUUUUUGUUAAACUUUGUAAAGAGUUAUGGUAACGAUGAUCGUAUCUAAAAAACAAUUACAAUUUAACUGUGUUAACACCCAAUAUUUAUAAAUCGAUUAUCUGAUAAAUUACUGUAGUUUUAAUAUUGCAUGGAAAAGCUGCAGGAUCUGAGUAGCGUUUGCUUAAUUCGCACAACUUUGCAGUGGCAGCUGACAACCUCAGCCCCACUAGCACAAACCACAAAGCUUAAUUAAAGAAAAAUAAUUUAAAACCACCAAGCUCCAAUAUAAUCAAGCUUUGAACACUUUAGGAAGAAUACUAAGUUUUUCUAUAAAAUUCGUUUAGAUGAUUUUGGGGUUUGUGUGUAGUUGCAAUUAGUUUUCCUUGUACCGCAUGACUUUUACGCGAUGUUGUGGGAAGGUUUUAGCCUCUGCAAUAGUAGUAAAAACAAUAUAUAACAAUACAUACUUGGUUUUAACCAUUGAUUAUAAUACAAUCUGGCAAAAUAAUUGACACAUACUACUUUUUUCUUUCACCUUAUCAAGUCUAAGAGCCAUUUUUUCAUUGUUUCCUUACUUGAGGUAUAUUUCUUGUUAGGCUCAUAAGCUUAUUUUUCGCUGAUUCCCCAGUAAUGAUGCAUAUUUUCAACUACGUAUUUCUUGUUAACUUUGUAUGGCAUUACUUUUCAUUGGUCACAAAAAACCCACAAAGCUUCAAAACUCAUUUCAGAAGAUCAUAGCUUAUAUUUUAUAGAUGUUACAGGUCAAAAUUGAAUUCAGAUAAAAAAAUUUUUAAGUAGGUUGAUUCUCAAUGCCCUUUGUGUCCUAGCCCUUAAACAGGAGUAAUGGGGCUAGGAGAUAAAAGAAUUUGAGAAUCAACCUAGGUUAAGGUUUAAUAAAAAAUUUUAACUCGAAUUUAAUUUUGACCUGUAACAUAGACACUGGUGAAGAAAAAAUGCAAAAAAAAUUAUUUUCAUAUUUCAAUGGAUUUUCACUUUCUAUGACCAGCUGUUUUUCAGCUACUUCUAUUAUCCAGGCCCUGGUUGUUCAAACAUUGGAUAGCGCUACCCACCGGAUAAAUCACUAUCCAGGGGAUAAGUAUUAAGGAAAACGAUUGCGUUAUCCACUGGUCAGAUUUUUAUCCCGUGGAUAGUGCUUAAUCCAAUGUUUGAACAACUGGGACCAGAUCUCUUACUGCUACUAACUGGGGAUAAUUUUUAAAAUGUAUGUAUUUUCACUUUGUUUCUAGAUUUUUUGCCUGGUUAGUUGAAAUUGCUGCUCAAUAUUUCUUGCACUUGGAUCUUAAGCUUGAUGCCCUUGGCUUAUUUGCUUUAAGUGGUAUUGAGAUUACAUUAAGAAAUGGGGUUAAAAUUGUAAGUUGAAAACCUUCAUGCUGUUAUUUGUUGUGGUAAUUUUCAGGGGCUUUUGUAGUUUAACAAGAAGGCUGAGGUUGCAAAAGGAAGAGGAUGCAAAAAGAACAGCCAAUUAAUUUAAAAAGUGGGCAAAUGUGUUAUGAUGUGGAAUAAUUUGAGGAAGAAGUGGUUGAAUUUAGGAAAGAAGGAAUGAAUAAUGUUUGUGAAAAAAGAGAGUGGGACUGGAAGAGUGGGUGGGAAAAAAUGAAGGAAUAAGAAAGGGAGGAGAAAAGAAGUAAGAGAAAAGUAGAGGGGAAGGAAGCAUGUCAGGAAAAAGGGAUAGCUAAGAAGUAUAUGAAUGAAUAUAGGGGAGGGAAGGCUGUUCAGAGAAGAAAGGAAAGAUGAUAGAUCUUUAUAUGAUAAAUUAUUAAAAAUGUACUAUUAAGUAGCUUACAGUUGCUGUAAUUACCUCAAAUCAAUAGGAAAUAGAAAAAAUAUGUUUACACUGCAAGUGGACUCUGAGUGAUUCAAAGUAAGUUUUUAUGUUUUAAAAAAUUUCUAUAGAAUGAUUUUGUUGUGUUUUUAAUCUGCCCAUUGUUAUUGCCCCUGCAGGGAUUUCACCCAAAAGGCAAAAUCCCAAGGAGGCAUCCUAGUAGCUCGCGCAUGUAUACAUAUUUUGUAAAAUCCAACUAGUGGUCUAUUAUCAGUGCUGCAUUUUUGAUUGGUUGAGCUACUACUAGGCUAUAUGUUAUAGCCCACUAGUAGUGAAAAGCACCAGCUUUGAAAACGAAAACAGUGGUGGCUGAAUCUUGUUUUGGUAGCUUAAGUUGUUUUGAUUCAAUAUUUUUGACCAACUAGUUGGAUUUUUGGGCUCAAGGAAUAAUAUUGUUAAAUAGGAAAGUAAUUACAGUUGAAGUGUGCAGUCAGUAUACGACAAAAAAUCGUUGGGUUAUCAUAACGGUUCAACUGUGCACAUGACGCAAGUAAGAAAUGGUUAGGAUGACAUAAAACAGAAUAUGUUCAAAGGGACAGCUUACCGGGUAUGUUGAUUUUGUGACACUUAACGGUACAGUUAAACUUCGAUACUCUUUUGUGUUACGUGUGUUCAGUGACAUUCUUUGGAGCAGCUGUUUUGAAAGAUAUGGACUGAAAGAUACUUGUUAAGCACAGAUAAAGGUAUAAAGGGCAUGUAACUGUGUGUAACCACUGCACUUGGAGGGUUUACCAGACACAAGUUUAUCAUUCACAUCAUGCUUUAUUGGAAAUGAUUUGCCAGUGAGACUCAACUCACUUUGGGGGAAUAAGACUCGGUCCACAAUCAAGCAAUUCGGGCAAUCGAGUGAAUCAAGCUAGCUUAUGGGCAGAACAAUAAACCAUUACAGAAAUUCGCUGACAAUUAAAUUCUGUGCUGAUGUUUUCCCUGCUCAUAGAUGUCCGUCUUUGAAGCCUUUUUUUUAAAGCUAUGUAAUAGUUAAUAAAAGGACUAGAAUGUAAAUGUGAAUUAAUCAAACUUUAUAUUUCUAAGGCUUAAUUUCUAGCUAUUAAAACAAAUUGUAUGUAAAAAAUGCAAGAAAAUAUGGGAUAAAUUACCACCUCUAAUCAAAUCUUUUCUUGUUCUUUUAUAAGAAAAAUUAUGGAAACUGAGAAUGUUUUGAUCAAACCUGUGCAAAUCAACCUAAAUUAGUGCAUGAAAUCUUGAAUUUCCUGUUUUGUAUCUCACCUAUUGUAUGGAAUAUGUGCAAAAAUCUUGAAUAUGAAUUGGUAUAUCUCAAAGAGCUACACAAAGAACAAGAAUACAAUUGACAACAACUGACAGAGCGGGGGUAGCUGUAGUGUCAACUACAGUAUGACCACUUAAUGAUUCUGUGCAUAAAGAUGUGAACUCAUUUACAAAAUGUGACUUGCUUUGUAGGAGACUAUUUACAGUGUUAUGUAAAGGUGUUGUUGUAGAAAUAAAGAAAGGGAAUAAUGAGAAUAAAAGCCAAGUGGAUCAGGUAGCAAGGCAAAGAUCAUCAAAAAACUUUGGUGAGCUUCAUCAUUUGCGAUGUAUAUGUUGUGGUUCAAUUUUAUCCUUGGUUUAACCCUUUAAGCCCUAAGAGUGAUCGGCAUCAAAUUUCUCCUUAUAAUAUCAAUGCUUUAGAAAACAGAGUGGUCAUGAGAAUUGAGUAAUAUGAUCAGGGAAGAUGAGUCUAAUUGAUACUUCAACAAAUUCUCCCCAUUACUUCUAUUGAAAAAGUAUAGGGACAGUAAAUGAGAAUCUCAAUUUUGAUCUUAGGGUUUAAAGGGUUAAAUUUCAUUCUCCUUUGUUUCAAACUCAUUAUCACACAUUACCAUACCCAUAAAACAAAGGAUAAAAUUGAACCACAACAUAUACGUUGAACCCCAUGAAUAUUACCACUUUUGGUUUCCUGAAUUAUAGUAAUCAUAUUAAUAAGGUUUAUAGAAAUCAAAUUGACUGAGUGUUUUUAAGUUUCAAUCAAAUAGUGUGAUUUUAACAAAGAAGUGGUUGUAAAAAUGGGGUGCUUGUUAGGCAGGGUUGCAUAUGGCCUUGUUAUCUACUUUUUACAUCUUGUGUAGAAAAUAAUAAAUAAUGUCAAAAGAAGCACUUUUUUGUUGAAUGCCUUUAUUAAGAGGGUCUUGCUAAUAGGCCCUUUUCAAGUUCCUCCCAGUGUCUGUAUCAAAAUGAGGUUAAGUGCUCAGCCUCUGAUAUGGAAAUGAUUUUUCAUUCUCAUGCAAAUAAAACUAAUUUUUACAAGAAAGGUUUUGCACUUGGCCUCAUUUUGAAAGUGAGGGUUUUUGAAACUCAGAAGUGGGCUAUUAGCUGGAUCUGAAGUAGGGGUUAUACUUAUGCAUGCACACAAUAUGAGAUACAAAUAGUGGUGUAUACAUACUGUAAUUUGUGCAGUAAUAUUGUUUUGAAAGUUUUUUAGACAACCUGAUUAGUGAAGUCAGUGAAGCACUGUCUUUCUUUAUUGUUACCUUUUCAGCGGUGAAACAUAAAAAAACUAUCUCAAGACUUUUAAGAAAAUGCUGCCAGGUUUGUUAAGGCUUCACUUGUUACUUUACUAUCAGAUGCUCUGUGAUAUUAAGUACAAUGUUAUAUAUACUGUAAGUACAAAAAAGUUUGAUACAACAUUUUCUCCAGAUUGGUCAGGAAAACUUAAGCUUCAUGUGGAUGUUUGGAGUAUUGCUAGAUUCAAACUUUUUUUCUCAAACUCUGUAAUUUUUAUUUUGUGACUCAUGGAUAUUUGUAAAGUAAAAACUGACUCAUGAAAUAAAUGAUGUUGGAUGUACCAAGAUAAUUAAGAAAUUUUUUUUACAGUGAGCAUUUCUGCAUGUUGUAUUAUAAAUUGUACACUGUACAAUGUUCAUGUGCUUCAAGUUUAAAGUUGAAGUUGACUUUUGAAGUAAGUGGUACAGUAUAGCAGUAUUGCAACCCAAAGAAAUAGUUAAAUAGUAAAUACUUACAGUUUGAAUGUAUUUUUCUGAUUUUGAAACAGUAUGUGGGUAUUCAGGUGUCCAGUGUCCAACUUAUCAUUAGAAACAAACAUGGCCCACAAACUCAAUGCUUUCUUCCUGAUGGACUACACUUCUUUGCUAGGCCUGAUAAUAAAUGGUAAGGGGAACAUGUCCUGUAGAAAAACAUUUAGGUUAUGUAUUGGACUCUGAGGUGUCUGCAGUUCAGAUGAAAUGCUGUGUUGAAUGUUUACUGUCAUGCACAUAAUGAUAUUAAUUCAGUGCAUGUAUAAUGCCUCUAACAGUUUUUGUACAGAUCAGGAAAGUCUUUUAAAAAAAUGUUAGAAAUCUUUACUGUUAUUUUGAAGUAACUUUUACUCCCUCUGUAGAUUUAACACUGUCUUCUGUUUUGUGCUAAUGUCCUUAAUUUUAGUCUAAUCUCUUAAUGGAUUUUUGCUUCUUGUUGCUGUUUCAGUUUGUCUUCUACCUUGGAAAUAGCCAAGAUAAGAACAAAGUUAUUCAAUGAUAUAGAGGUAUGAGGAACUGAGAAUACUGCUAAUGCCUAAUAUUAUUGCAUUGGACAUGGCAUGUACAAUGCAUGCACUUGAUUAAUUUUUGAACAAUCAGACUUCUAACAUCAAUUAUUUUUACGUUCAGUUAUAUGUAUUUUUUAAGGCUACUUGCUGUGAACACCAUGCAAGAAAUGCAAUCCAUACAUCUGUACCUAAUUUUAAUGACCCAAUAAUUAUUUCUAUGAAGUGUAUGCCAGCUACAAGUUUAACGUUACUUUUCUUUCACUGUUGACAUGGACAUGUGAAUAAACAAAUUAAUAGUUGAUUUCUCUCUUUUUAGAGUAAUACAGAUUUCACAUCAGAUCCUUUUGCAGAACUGUCAUGUUCACUUCUUAUGGAAAUUUCUGUUGUUCCUUUAGAAAGCUUCAAGCUAGAGGUAAACUUGGGAUGUAUAUAACAGAUUAUUAAUAAAACAAAUAAAAUAAAAGAUGGCAUUAUGUGUAUUCUGGUACACAUAAUUGGUAGCAAUUUCUUUUUGCAGUUUUAGCGAGAAGAGAGUUAAAGGAAAUUGCUUGCAGAAAUGUAUGGAAGUUAAUACCAAAUAUAGCAAGAAUAACAAAUUCAACAAGGAUUUUAAUUUCCUACAGCUUUUAAAAAAGCUGUUGGAAAAAUUUGCUAGCAAAUUUUUGUCUCAAUUAUAGCAAUUGUUUAAUAGUGAAAACAAUAAUAAACUGGAACAAACUGAAAAUAAAAAAACAACAAUAGCAAAAACUACAUAAAAAAAACCCAGAAGAUGCUGUGAUUGGUUAUUCUUCAGUUCUGGACGUUUUGUCUCACAGUGCAUUGUAAAUCCUAUUAACAGAUUUCUUGGUACAUGUAUCAUGCAUGAUUGUAAGCUUCUUGGGGUCAGCUUCAUGCAUGCUAACUCAACUUAAUUUACUUUUGAAGUACAUGUAGGUUGAUAAAUUGGCCAUUCUGAAAUGAGGUUCUUCAUACACAGUUUCUAAGAAAUAAUAAUAAGUUGUUGUUAUUGUUAUUAUUGUUUUUAUUACUAUUAUGCAAAUUACUGAUAAAGUCCUUUUCUCUCCUUUCAUUAUAGAGUGCAACUGUAAAUAUCAAGAAUGUAGAUAUUUUGCUUUCCGAGGGUGAGCAAUGGCUGUUUUAGUCCUUCAGUUGAUCCUUCAAACUUGCUACAUGUAUCAUCAUUAUAAAAUUCUGUCAUCAUAAUAGAGUAAUGAACAUUGUGUAUAUUUUAGAAAAUUAGUACUGAGAUGCAGUCAAUGUAUAUGUUGUACAGUCAUAAUAAAGACCACUGUUGCAAGUCAUUACCCAAGCAUGUGAGCUGUCAAAUGAAACUGUCUAUUUCAGUGUUCAAACUGAUGGAAAUUUAGUACUUUUACUGUGCUUUUCACAAACACGCGAACUCUGAAGUUCAAAAGCCGCCUUAACAAUAAUUGCGUUUUUCGCUGCCGUCAAUCACAGUUACGAUCACAAGCAACAAACCUUGAAACACAGAAACUCACAAAAUGGAUCAAAAUCUACCAAUCACAGAUCACAAACCAUGACCUUUUGAAUUCGUGUAAGUAAAGUUCUGUUUCCUUAAAGGUCUGCUAAGAUGAUUGGCGGCAGCAAAAAAUGCAAAUGUCAGUUGGCUUUUGAACUUCAGAGUUCACGUGUUUUUGAAAAGCGCAGUAAAAACAUACAAAUUCUAACUGGUGUCUCAUACUGACAGACUUCAGUUUUGUGGACUCCAUUGUUUUGUUUUAGUUUGCUCUUACAUGUAGUAGCAAACAAACUGAGACAUGCUUUUUGUGCAAAGUUAUUAUCUGAAAAUACAGUAGCUACUUAAUGACAAGGGUUUCUGGCCUUUCUUAGUACUAUUCCUGUUCUGGAAAAGGCAUAAAAGCGUGAGACCUCUAUGACAUCUAUCUUCCUCCUCUCAGGUUUGCUUGAAAGAAAGAGCAAUUUACAAGCUGUCAACAUUCAAGAGGAAACGAAAGUGAAUCCAAUAGCUGCGGCAAAGCCCUUUACAUUAGCAGAAAUUCAAGAGAAGAUUUCUCAUAUGCCAAAGGUAACAGGACUAAGGCUACAAUUGUGCUCUAAGAAAAAAAACCGAGCCCAGGAAAUCUGAUCCUGUGUAAUCCAGGUUUUAGGUUACUCACGGGCAAAGUAAUUCACCACUAUGCACUGGGCUCUGCUAAAGCACAGCCCUACAUGUAGAUACAUAUAAGCAGACUAACUUUAUAGUGUUGCCAGACAACAUCUUGGCAGCCUUGAAAUUUUGUUUAAUCUUUAUUUAUAGUAAUUCCUUGACAGUUCUUUUUAGUCAGUAAUAAUAAAUUACUUUGUAUACACAGUUAUGUACUUGCUGUGUAAUAAUUAUGCCAAAAUUUAUUUGUCAUAUGACUUGAAGUCUUAUAAAACAACUUAUGUAUUUUUAAACACUAAUUAGAGAUGGGGAUGUUCAUGAUGAAAUUGUUAGGUUCUUUGCUUAUCAAUAUUUAAUAGUUUUUUAAGGUUUGCACAAGGUUCUUAUCUGCAAAAUUUUCCAUAAACUGAUUCAUGUUCUCAGUAAUAAUUUGUACCAUUUUCUUUAGAGUAUCGAGCUUGCAGUGGAAGUUACCAAAGUCACAUUUUUAAACAAAGAAAAAAGGUAUUUUUGAGAACUUUGUAAGUGGCUAGACAGUUCACUUUAUAUACCUGGCCCCAGUUGUUUAGAUGGUGGAUAGUGCUAUACACUAGAUAAACCAGUUUUGAAUAAUAAUACAUAUAUAGGACAAUGCAAUUGUUUUUCCUUAAUAACAGUUAUCCAGUGGAUAAUGCUGUCUAAUGUUUGAACUUUUGAGGCCCUGCCAGGAUAAAUUCCGACAAGCGACAUGGGCCAAAAAGUAGCGACAGCGGGUAAAAUGAAAUCGCGAUAAGAGACAACCUCCCUCGGCCAAAUUGCGACAGUGACGACAAAGCCAACAAUGACUGACAAGCACUUAUAAACACCGACAUGAGACGUUUUAAAAUUCAGACAAGCAACAUCGGACCCCCCCCCCCCCCCCCGAGGGCACCCCUUUUGGGACCCUUACCAACGUGCCAAAAAAAUUAUUGGAAAAAAAAUGGGUUUUCUUUAAUGUGUUCCUUUUGUAAGAAAGCUUCUGAGUCUCUCCAUUUACAUUUUUUUCUCAACAAGCCAACUCACACACCCUGGGGAAAAAUAAAACGCGAAAAGAGACAACCCCCCCCGGCCCAAGUGCGACAAGGACGAAAAAGCCAACAAAGACUGAAAAGAACUUAUAAACACCGACAUGAGACGUUUUAAAAUUCAGACAAGCCACAUCGGGCCCCCCCCCCCCCUGGCAGGGCCUCACUUUUGGGACCUUUACAAAAGUGAUUAAAAUAUUAUUGGAAAUAAAAGUGGUCUUCUUAAAUGUUGUCCAUUUGCAAGAGAGAGUUGAGGACUCCUACAUGUACAUUUAUCUCUUCUCACUCAUUUAUUAUCUUGUGUACAUUAUUGCACAGAUGAGUUGUUUGUAACACUUUCAAAAACUCAUUAAUAAUUCAUAAAGAAAAAAAAUAAAAUAAAUUGAUGUUUAAUGAGUGUCUUUACAUCUGAUAGACCAAAAUAACUCCAAAUCUAAAUAUUAGUGCAGCAAUGAGUUGAUCUAUAUCAGAGAUUUUGAAGCUGUUCAAAAAACUCGCAGUUGUGUAUUAUCAGGUUUAAAAACUCAGCUUUCCCUCAAGUUUUUAAACCUGAUAAUACACUCCUGCUCAUUUUUUAAAUAGUACAUCCUUCCCAAUGCUAAGUUUCUGUAAAAUAUUUUACUCAUAUUUGUGACAUGUAUUUAUAGUUGUUGAGAGUAUAUUCCUUGACACAAAUAUUUCUUUUUUCUAUAUGGCUUUAAGCAAGGAAGAAAAUUUACAAUAAUUUUUACAAAUGUUGGAACUUGUUUUUUUUUGCAAUUUUGAUUUAGUUCCCUCACACUAGAGGUGAAAAAAAUAGUCAGUUGUCUACAUUCUCAGGGGAGACCAUCUAACAAUUCACAAGCCUCUCCUCAGUGUGAUCUGAAUGUUGGGAUGUCAGGUAUAAGUUUAAUAUUUACAUGUAUGUUGUGAAAUCUUAGAAUGUUUUGUUGUUGAAAUUAAUUCUGAUUGUGGAUGGUUUAAUUGUAGAAUUUGAACAUUAAUUGUUUGUUUUUGCUUUCUUGAAUGCCAGAAUAGUUGAAGAAUUACAGAAUCUUGUGCCUUGAUGUGAUUGAACGGUGUUUCUAGAAAUGCUUUUCAUUAUUGCUGCAAAUUUACCUCUGAACAUAGGCCUAACAGUAUUAGUCUGUUGUUGGUUUUUUGUUCAUGGAACGUUCAACCAAGGUGGCUUAAAGGAUAUCUAGUGUCAGCAGGUUAGUAUAACAUUGAACGUUGACUCUACUAUUUUUUUUCUUGCUUUCUACAGGAAUGGCAAUUAAAAACAUGAAAUGUUUCCGAUUGUGUGAAUUGCAAAGACUUCGAAUUGAAUCAAAGGUAUUGUAAAAUAGCCACUCUACACUACAUAAAACUAUUGAAUUCAAAAUUAAAAUGUAAAAAAUAUAUCCUUGUGACAUGUUCUUCUGUUUGUCUUAUGUUUUCUACGUGAUAGCUCUCCUGUCAUUAUGACACCGUUGUACUGGCCUCCACUUUGUACAUUGAAUCAGUUGGUUAUGCUCAUGUCCAGGAAGACUUCACAUAUUGGCUGGAAUAUUUCAAGUCAUGGAGAAAAGACCUAAGUAUAUCAGAUACUACAGGGGAGCGGAGUCUCAAGAAAGGGUAAGUACUGUUGGAAUGUUUCCAGAUGAAAUUGAUGAAAAAAAAAUCAGUUGAAUAUAAUAAUAGAGGGAAUGAAUUUGCAAUGAUAUGUUAAGUGACUGGGGACAAAGAAAGGGCCCAGCAAAAAAGGCUCUAGGAACUUUCUUUUGGCUUUUUGUCUAAUCAUUCCAAAUACAUGUAGGGUCUAAGUCAAGACCGUUCUUAUCUAACAAAACCAUUCUUAUGGUUAUAGACCAAGACCAUUCUUAUCUAACAAAACAUUUGUCUGUAAUAAGUUGUAAAGAAAAAGCCUGAAAACGGGAAGAGGAGUAUAAUACUGUACCAAGUCAAGGAAAGCGCAAAGCUACUGUACAUGCAAACGGACGACUGAUGACUUUUUAUGACUGGUAUGCUAAUGCUUUUUGUGCUUACGAAAUACCCUGACAAAGUUCAGCUAAAUCUCUUAGAUAGGAAAAAUAGUAGUAAUUUACAUUGUAAAAUUAAUUCUGAAAGCGUUGAUAUUCACCCAAAAUGUUUUUCUUGUUCACUCGCAAACUAUACUUGAGGUAAACAAAAUAUUGUGCAAUUUCACUGCUUGAGUUUGUAUCGAAACGACUUGUAUUGAAACGACCGGUUUCCCCGAUGCUACCCUAUGGUAGAUUUUCAAGGAUCAAAUGGGCCUUGACAUACAGUCAUGAUUACCAGGAUCUGGAAGUUUGCAAUUACAUGUACAUUGUAUUUAUGCAUUAUAUUCAGUGGAUAAUUGUUAUUUAUUUGCAGGCCCAAGAGAGGGAUUUUAUCAAAUCUCCCAGCUGAGCUGGAGAUAACAGGAUCCGUUGAAGUGACUGACUGCUUUUCACGUAUGUUCAUUGCCAGUCCACGUCCAAAUGAUCAGCCUCUGUGCCAUGCAGUGCUUGUUUCUCUCAAACUCAAUGUUAAAAUGUCUUCAGAAGGUAAGCAAGUGUACUCUUCUUAUUUCAAUUUGUGUGAAAAACUGGAAACAGUGAGUAGCACCAUGUGAACAUCCUACCAAUAUAGUUCCACCGAAAUGGUCGUACCACAGGAUUUCGUUCACAGAUUCAAAAGUUGUUAUAAUACAUCGUUGCCACAGGACAGAAAAUGGUCAGUGAAAAAAUAGAAAUUCCUCCUAAAAUUCUAUAUGUCGUUGGCACCUUUUUAAAAUUUUGCACAAAAGGCAGCGAAAAUUGAUGCAGAUUACUUUGAUCUCAAGGAGGCGAAUGUUCACUUUCAAAGUACAAAAAACUUUACAUUCACGAAACAGGGAUAACAAAAUGGAAAAAAUGGCUGCAAGGGGAGGCUGGAGACCUUUCUGUAUCUUACAUUGUUUUGCCCAUUUAUUUGGACAGGGAGAUAUUAUUUUUGUCAUGGAAAAGUAAGGGAAUUUUGAGUACUUAUGUCUGUGGGUUCAAAAUAGCAGUUUUGAAAUAAGGAAACUAUCAACGUGAACAAAACAAGUCCUGUUUGGUCUGAAAUGUACAGCGUAGACCUCAAAAGUUACUGUAAAUACUUCUUACUGACGGACUUUGCGAUCCAUACAAUAAGUUAUUUACUAAGGUUUUUCCCAUCCGCACUUGGACUUUAAUUCAACUGACAAAAAACGGGGAUCUUUACUUAGAGUAUGGCCUUAAAACCAAGAUAUUAAGAUAGUCAACUGUAGUCUAUCUCUGAGGUUAAUCGGGUGUGCAGGAAAGGAAACUGUCAAAUUUAGCAGACUGUGCAAGUAGCAUACAGCCCACAAUAUUGACCAAUCACAGCGCACAUACUUAGUGAGAGAACUGUGUAAUAUUAAGAGGUGAUAACUUAUUGCUUGUAUUAUCUACCCUCUUUACAGAUAUAAAGCAGUUCAACUCAGGAAGAUAUCUAAGGUACACCAGUUUCUGUUGACUAUAUGUAACCGUUGAUAUAAGUAUUGUUAGACUGUGUAUGAUUAUGAUUAACAGGUGUGAGGAAAUUUAUUUCUGUUAUCGGGAGAAGAGAGAAUCGUCAUGCCCUCGUAAACUUUGAGUUAUAUAAGGCAUAUGUGAUCUAAAUGAACAUUCUAGCUAUCUGGGGCCGGAUUCAAGAACCUUUCCUAACAGUUCUCAGUGAGUCCGGCUGUAGGAUCACAACGGCUUGAUGAUGGGAGCAAUUUGUGAGAAUAAGUCAUGCGAUGAGAUACGUUAUCUCUAGUGGACAAAAUAUGCAGGCAGUUGCUGAGUUACAAUAAUUUCCACCAGUUACAUGUACUACAAACCUUCCUUAAAGUUUUUGUGAUUCUUCACCUGCAGUUGCAGAGUAAGGGUAGAAAACGCAUAUGUGUACUUGGAUACCAGCCACAGCCAGUUAACAGACGGUCUUACCUCUGGUGUCGUAUCCAGUACUUCAAAUGAUUAUUUCUCCAUCCCACCAAGUACAUCAAGACAUGUCUGGGGUAGAGUGCUAACACUUGGAAGCUGCAAUGUGAACGUAAGAAGAUUUCAACGAUAGGUUAGAUCUAAACUGUUGCAUUUUUGUCACAACGAAGGAUGUGUUCAUUGGAAAGAGUGAGAUGAUGACUGGUGUAUCUGUAGAUGCUUUUGUGUUAUCUUCAUAUACAUUUCUUGAUUGGCUUGAUUUCUUGGCAGAAUAGUAUAAUGCAGUUUCCGGCUAGAAGAGGCCUUUUUUGCCCCUGGUAUUUGGCGAAUACUAGGAAAAGAGGCCUCUGCUAACAGGAAAAUAAUGAAGUGUUAUUUUAUUUGAGAACGAUGUAGUUAUGGUCAUGCCACUAGCGUGCUACAAACUAGGAAGAAAUCUUGAGUUCCCGAUGGGAGGUGAACCUUAAAUUCCCAAACAUUGGGUGGGCCUUCUUUCCACUAAGCUGUGUAGAAACUCAUGGAUAGCAAAUGCUGUUAAAUUGCAUUUACCUGCGUUUGGAGAGGUGUUAAGACUGUGAUCAGCUUUCUCAAUGCACAACGUUUUUCUAUCUCCACCUGCAAAUAGAGGAAUCCAAUUAUCAUGCAAUGUUGUUCUCCUUUAGUGUACUACAGAAGUCCUUGCGGAUACUGAGGAACCCGAUGUGAAGCUGACUAUUGAAGCAACCUCAGUGGUUAUUGAAUGGUCUCAUGAUGUGUGUAGAUUCUUGCUUAAGUGGUUGCCUGUCUGGGCAUUGAAGAAAUUCAAAUCUGCAGAAACGUCGUCAGAGGAAAAGAAUGAUGUUGGCAGUAGUUUCGGUAUGUACACUGUACACACACAGUCUACAGUUACUUUUCUGCUCAAAUUUCGUGUUCUGCUUUGGCAACACCUUUAGCAAGGGAACAUUUUCUGGAGUGAUGAUAUUAGCCAAAUUGAAUCACUGAGCUCUUAAAGAAGGCGUGGUUUUUUAAUGUUGUGUCCUUUGGCUUAGACAACGCCCCGUCAAGCUUUAAGUGAAUAAUGAACAAGGUAAAAAAUGUGAACUAGUAUUCUGCAACACUUCUGUGAUGUGCUCAUGUUUCUGAAACAAGAAAUACGACUACAUGCAAAUACCAUCAUUUCAACUAGCAGUUACAUAUCGCAAAGUCUGCAAUAUUUGUUAUUCUUUCCGUUCAAUCUUUUGUUUUCUCUCUGGCCUUUUAUAUUUUUUCAGCUUUGGACAUGGAUUGCAGAGUAGCUGGCAUCAACCUGUUUUAUCUUGGAACACUGGAGGGUCAGCAUUCGUUACCAUUUACUCUGUUUAUGAUGCUAUUAUAUGCAGCAACAAACCGAUAGCAUUUUCUUAAACUAUGUUAACUUGUGUUGUACAGGAGGAGUUGAUUCCUUUAUGACAAGAGUUGACGUGGCAGUAGUUACAACAACAUCUGUCCCUGACCAGUCAUUAAAGAGUGAACUCUGUGGAAUGAAACUCUGCCGACUGCUGGAACUGCAAAAGGUACUACAGUAAUGUCUUUUAGGUCAUGCCCACACGAAUCCGCUUAUUUUUGAAAACGCAUAUUCUUUAUCCGGGACCUUAGAUGUUUAAGGCCCUGUUCACACGAAUCCGGACAUUUUUAAAACAGCAUAUUCUUUUCCGGGACCUUAGAGGUUUAAGGCCAUGUUCACACGAAUCCGCACGUUUUUGAAACCGCAUAUUUUUUAUCCGGAUUCGUGUGGACUGGACCUUAGACUCUUUUACUCUUAGAAGUAGUCUCCCACGUAGCCGUUUUGUCUGGUCACGCAGCGUUACGGCUGUCUGGAAGGCUAUCUCAGAAGCCGUUCAUUCAGAACUGAUUCAGCUUGCCUUUCAUAUAGGAGGCUUUUUGCUCUUUCCAGUCUUUCAUUGUCUUCCUUUUUAAAAUUAAAAUUUUUAAAGUUAAAUGAUUCAAGGUAGGUAGUGAAUUCUCUUAUGUCAAUCACGUGUAUCACCAAGUCAUUUAGUUCUCCGUUCUUGUGAAACCAGUAUGGCUAUUAAAAACAACAACAACAACAACAACAACAACAACAACAACAACUCAGUUCUAUCCAGAGCUAGUGAUAAGCAUAUUCGUCGCCGUUUAUUAACAGAAGAAUUGGGAGAACUGCAAUAAUAGAAUACAUGUCCUUCCAUUAAUUGAUUCCUUCUUGUUUUAUUUUCAGGCGCCAUACAGAUGUGUCGUUUCUUCCGAACUGAAAAAUGAUGUAAUCAGCAUUCCUGUUCUCACCUUGUCCCGUCCCGCGUAUAAGGUACGCUACUUACAUGACUAGUGGUAAGCGCUUGAGGCCCGUUUGAACGGUUCUAUCUAGCAUUUAAUCCCGACAUUCGUACAACAUUUAUGGAAUCAAAUGAAGAGAUCGUACGAACAUAUUGCCCAGCAUUAAAAAAAUCGAAAGCUUGCCGGUAGUUGAAGAAAAGCGUGUUUUAUUUAAAAGGACAGUUUCAGAGCCUUGUUUUUGCAACGCGCUACUAAAACUGCCUCCCCAAAAGCCUAUCUUUGCUUCAAACGUUGUUUAAUAUGCCAGUGUUCGACUUCUGGUAAACGAGACUUUGACAAUUAUUAUAACCGUUGAAAUUGUCAUUAUCGCAAAGCUGAGCUUGCUUUAUCGUUUUAGCGGCAGUGAUAUUCAUUUGAGCAUGUGCUUACGUCUUCACUCUUGGCCAACCAAGUCAACACAUCAUUCUUUUUUUCCAUUACCUGUCGUUUCUGAGAAUAAGGUGCAGUGGUCAUUUUAUUCUAUCCUGGUUGUUCUAACAAAAUGAAACCAUAACCAUUUAGAAUACUUCUAUCUAAUAAUUCUAAUACAACAAUCAUGCACUCGUGCACUCAAUGAUAUUCUGUGUCAUUCUGUGUACAUCUCAGUGGCGGAUCCACACCUUCAGAUAGGGGGGGGGGGGGGGGGGGUUGUGAGUGCUGCGUGUAGGUGUGUGAGUGGGCUGGAGGUGUGGAGAGGUCGGUGGUUGGGGGUCGGGUUGGUUUUGGAUUGUGGGCGCGUGGGUGUGGGUGGUACGUUUGAGUUUUUGUUUUGGACCGGGUGCGGUUCGUGUGCCGAUGAUAGGGGGGGGGGGGGGGGCCGGGCGGGCCCCUGCCCUGGAUCCGCCACUACAUCUAACCCUCUUUAUCGAACGAAAGUGCGUAAGACACUAAAAUGUUUCUUUUUGUGACAAAGCCAUACUCGAUGACGGUCAAAGAGAUCUUAGUCAACUGGGACCCCACUCUGCAUAUGGCUCUUCAUGAGAGAAUACAAGAAGCCACUCAAGAUGGCGCUGAGCUUCAAGGUGGGCAACAGUCUGGAUUACGAUAUGAUCAUAUUUUUAAUAAUUUAAACAAUGGGGAACGUUUUUCAUGACAGAAUUCACACUCACAGACAUUCAGUAGCCGUAGUAUGUGGGAGGCAGGGGUGUCUUUUAAGUUUUAAUGUUUAUUCUCGACAAUAUUUCACGAAGUGACCAGUGAAUGGAAAAUUAAAAUAACUGUUCAAUCACCACGGUUUGUUGCUUUUAAAUGCGUUUCCAGUGUCAGUAAUGCUGCCGUUGUUCUCCCAUUAAUGCGACAACUAAUCUGCUUUUUUGCAGCUAUGAUGAAAAAGGCCUCUCAAUCAACGAGAGCAGACAACGAUUUUUCCUCCAAGGAAAAAGAAAAACCUUUGUGUUUUGCUUGCGAAAUUUCUUGGUUUAAACUUCACAUGCAAACGUCACCCAAGACGAGGUAUGUUAAUAACAAAAAAUGAAUGAUAAUUUUUCUGUCAAUGCAAAACUAGAGGAAGCAUGUGUACAAACUUUUGGCUCAAGUAUUCCUAGGAUCUUUUGGGCGGAUGAGGUGAGCAAUUGUUGGGGUUAAGGCUGCCAUCGGAGACCCGGCCAUUGAUCAAUUAGAAGUCUCGCUUAAGCCACCCAACCGACCCCAGAAAUCUUUGCCCGGAAAGUUGUGCUCAUUCUUUAAGUAGUUUGUGAAGUGGUGUAUUCCUAACAGCAAAUGGCACACCUUAUGUCCUCGAAUAAACCCCCGCGUACCAGCCAAUGCCUUCCUCCAAAUAAGCAGCUCCUGCUUUGCCAAACUAACCAGUCCCUCCCCCUUCUAUUAGUGACACAUUUUCUUCCCUCAGUUUUCUUUACUUGCAAGGAUAUAAAAAGAAAGCCUCCUCGUCCUCUCUUUUUUCAAUAUGUGGACACUGCUAUCAUCAUAGGAGAACAGUGCGUUUUUUGUUUCUACAGUGUUAGUUGCCUAUAUCUCCAUGGACUUACAGUUUCUUUAUGUGCUUUAUCUCGAAAAAAUGAGUUUCGUUUCUUUAAAGGAAAAGACUCUAUGAGCGCCACUCACCACUCCCUUCGAUGAAUCGUCUAUCUUUGUUGAAGGACCUCCUUGUUUGGUCAAAGUAUUACUUAACACCCUGGGUGCCCUGGCACAUUGAUCAAAGUGUUACAUAGUGGAGAAUAAAGUAAAAGCUAUUUAUACUAAAUAGAAAUCAUUGUAUUCAAAAACAUACAGCAAGCUUUUAAAUUUCUAGCCGAUUUGUAAUUUAUCUUCUAGUUUUGGAGUAGAGAGCAAAAACUGCAUCCUGUCUUUGCAAGACAACUGUUUUGAUGCAAAAUCAGAAUACGCUGGUCUUCUUUUUGACAAGAGAUCAAUAUUCAAAUUUGAGGUGGGUGUAUUUUUAAGAUUCAUACGUAUUCCGAAUCAACCACCAACUUCUUGGCCACAAAAUGAUUGUGCAGAUCUUUAUUGAUAUUGAGGAUGAAGACGACGCAAUGAUGAAAAGAUAAAUAGUUUGUGUUCGUGAUAUCUUAUUAAAAGGAAAUUCAAUCUCCUUAAACGCAAUUUUAACGUUUCAUUCUAUGUGGAAGAUCUUAGUUUCCCUACCAUCUUACAUUCAUGAAGCCACGUGGCAUGGUCAAAAACAUUUUACGUGUUUGGUUAUAUUGCAUGUAUCGAUUGCUUCGUCUCGAGCUAUAAAUCCUAGAAGUACCUUAGUAUUUUGAACAAUGUAAAGAAAAACCCAUCAACGGUGAACACCACCAAUGUUAGCCAGCAUUUCAGCCUUUUCACCCUUUUUUCAUCCCUUUCAACCCUAGAAUGUUUUGUUUAUUUAAUAUGGUCUUCUUUUCGUACUGUGUCACUGUAUUCUUUUUUCGUCAAAAGGCAAUUUUCCUGAAGAGACUGCCAGAGGUUGAAGAAGUUCUUAAAGUGAGACGACAACUCAAAACGCUGGAAACGCCGAGCAAUACUACAUGGUUAGUGCUAGAGGAAAAGGCAUUUGUCAGCUCAUUGUAGGGUACGCCUUUAAUGGCGUUACAUUAAAGGUUAUUGACCAACUGUGAGGGCAAGAUAAAUGGUUAUCAGGGAAGUUCUCGAGGGUGAAAGAUAGGCCUAUGUAGUCUGCUCUAGGCAGCGUUACAGACGUAACCAAACCGCGGCUAUUAACGCCUGCGAAGCAGCGCCGAGAUCCUUGUUCUGGGCCUCCUACGGACUGGGUAGUGCUUUUCGAAUUUCCUUUGAGCCUGGUUGGUAAAUCGACAAUGGCUUUUCCAACAGGCCAGUGGCGGAUCCAGGGGAGGGGCCCGGUGCCGGCCCUCCCCCCUUAUUUUUGGAUCAAACUUAGGUCCGAAGGGCCGAAAAAAAUUUUUGGGGAGACCCGGCCCCUUGCUUAUCUAAAAGUCUAGAUGACCGGACCUCCCCCUUAUCUCAAGGUUUGGAUCCGGCACUGCAGGCCAUUCAUGGUGCAUACCCAAAUUCCAGUACACAGAUGGAGGCUCAGAGCAUGGAUUGCGGCGCUGUUUCACAGACAGACUUAACCAGAGUUACGUUUGGUCCGUGGCGGAGGCUAGUCCGCUCCGGUAGCCAAUCAAAAAAAGAUUUGCUACAUCUCGCUCGCUCACGGAGCCAGCUAUUUAAUAAGUCAAGUUAAGUCAAGUGUAGCUACGCUUCUGACCGUCCUUGUUUACAGUGGCUUCCGAAUGGUGAAGCUGGAAUAGACUUGUCAUGUUUUGGAAAGGUCAAAUGAGCUUUUUUCUGACAAGAAAUAUAACUUUUAAACAGGGUUGUUGAAGUGGAAACAACUGGAAUCUUUUUCCCCUUCGAGUUCAACUUUGCUGCCUCAAGAGAUGAGGUGAGUGUAAUUGACCACUCCAGAAAAUACCCUAACAUACCAUAAUGCUCUUUGUUUGUCACCCCAAAAUUUUGCAUAAGCAUUGUCUUCAAUUUCUGUUGGGAGUUAAAAUGGCCCCAAGAAAAAACUGAAAACAAUGCUUAUGCAAAAUUUGGGGGUGACAAACAAAGAGCAUUAUGGUAUGUUAUGAUAUUUUCUGGAGUGGUCAAUUAUAUAAUCGUUCUUGUUCGUCAGUAAAGAAACGUUUCAAAAUUGGUAGAAGUAAAAAGCAAAAUCAGCAGCGAUGUAAACAGCGCUGUUCGGAACAUAAGAAGAUACUUGUAAGCAAAUAUAGUGUAACCUCAACCCUUUCACUGUAGCACCCCCCCACCCCCCCCCCCCCCCACCACCCCCCCCACAAAUAACCCCACCCCCAAAACUAAAAAAAAAAAAAAAAAAAAACAAAAACCAAUCUUAUACUCGUCAAUCACAAUCAUAACGAUUAAAUAUUAACUUACAUAAAUAAUUUAAAAACAACGACCACACACCCCCUCACCCCUUAUACCUGUACUCCUAGGCCUCUGUAAUCCGCAGCGAUGUAAACGGCCGUGUUGCGGAUAUAAGAAGAGAGAUGUAAACCAACAUAGUGUAACCUCAACCCUUGUACCGUAACGCCCCCCCCCCCACCCCCCACCGCAAAAAAGAAAAUCAACUUUCGUUGGAUAAAAUCCUAAGAAAUAAACAGUACCAAGUGGCGUUGUCUGGUGACAUCAUGGGAUUUCAUCCACAGAUAUAAACGUUUGAGUGACAAAUAAUCUGGCCACGACGUUUCCUAGUCCCUGUACGGCGUUUUCCCAGGCGUUCUCGGUUUAUGCAUUUCGGUGACGUUUCCGAAGAGGGUUCGCUUGGACCACGUGACCCGAAACGAAUUGACCACGCGGAAUAAUGAGGCCUAGGGACUAGGCAAGCCACAACGUGUUCUAGGAGUGAGAGGGUUAACGAAAGCGGUUAUUGUCAGGUAAAGGGAUUGACGUUUGUUAUGAACGUAAGAAAUGAUGUCCGUAAAAAAAGGUGUUCGUUAGGUAAGGCUCAACGGUCGAACUUUAAGAAAGUGUUAGCCAUUUUGAGGUUGUUGUUGAGACUGGGUCAAUAUUGUGUUGUAGUGAACUUUUUGGGACACAUUUGUGCCCAAAGGUGCUUACCAUUUACAGAAACCACCCGGGUGGAAAUCUGCACAUAAACAUAAAACUAUGAAAUUUGACAUGGUGGGAGAAUCACCCGCCACAAAGUAAAUUUAGAUCAGCUGAACAGACUAAAAGUAGUAGAAAAAUUGCAUCACCUCAAAUCACAACCCAUAUUUUCUGAAGCUUCACAAAUAGACCUUUGUCACGUGGCUGCCAUUUUGUCUCAAGAGAUUUAAAAAGCUUUAUUUAUGCCCGGCUAGCCUCGUAGAGAGAACGAGGCUAGCCGGGUUUAAACAAAGCUCUUUAAAACUCUUGAGACAAAGUGGUCGCCACGUGACAAAGGUCUGUGGAAGGGCGCGAACCGUUUGAUUUCCCAACCGGAAUUUCCGGCUUUCCCAUGUACCUGGUGAGUGUCCUGCGGAACCUCGGAAUAGCCGUAAAAGAAGCGACAGCGUCCCCAAAACAGCCUCACUGUACAAUUGCACACAACACCUUCCCAGUCUCCGCGCAACCUCAAAUGUCUAAUAAACGUGUCCUUCAUAAAAAAUGUCUUGCUUUCCUUUCAGCUGGUCAAUGUUUUCAAGAUGUUACAAUCACUUCAUAAAAAACCCAAGGAUGCCUCAUCUUCAGAGCCCCUCCCUACGGAUUUGUGGCUUCGUUUUCAAGUGCGUUGAAUCAAUAGCGUGUAAAUAAAGAAUUUCAUAACCUAUAAGGUCGAACACACUAGGCGACAUGUCGCUGCAACUGGUCGCGGCGACAAAAUCGCUUUGUGUGUACAGGUCGUGCGAUAAGUUGCUGCAACAAUUUGCGCGUUCUAGUGAAUUUUUGUGGAAAUCUUUGUCUCAGCAACAGAGUUUUGUCGCCGCAAGGAGUCGCAGAAAUUCAGUCUGAUUUGAUUUUGUGCGACUUGUUGUGGCGACAAAAUUAUGUUUCGGAGACAGAGACUUUCACAAAAAAAUUCUCCCGUACACACAAAGCAACUUGUAGCUGUGACUUGUCGCCGCAACGUGUUGCUGCAACUUGUUGCCUGGUGUGUUCCGCCCUAAAGACCUUUGCCGCAUUCCAUUCCGGUGAGCACACAGUGAAAUAAGGUUGAGGCUUGUGCAGACAGUUUCAUACAAAUCGGUGAAUUUUGUCACCCCCCAAGCCCCAUACCUUUGUUCACAGGAAUGAGGGAUGGGUCUAUUAAGUAUUCUUCUGCAAAUGAAAAUAAAUUCCCCAACUCGUUACCUCUAUUCGGCUUCUUUGACAUUUUCUCGUAUCCUGAAAUACGAAGACCACGUCACAUAUUUGAUGGACAUUGGUUAAACUUGUUAGGACUUUAAAUUUCGUCAAAAGUCUAGUUUCAUGUAUAGCUCAGUUUUGCUUGUAGCGUAUUAUAUGUUAUAAUUCUCCCUGAGAAACGGCGGAACAAAGAACAAAAUCAAUUAUCGUUGACCUCGGGACUCGAACCCAGGCCACACCUUUUAGGGAAGCAAUGUAAAUGCAGUUAAAGAGCACUCGCCUCCCUCCAAUGUGGCCUGGGUUUGAUUGCCGGGGUCGACGCUAUAUGUGGGUUGAGUUGUUGUUGAUUUUCUCCCUUGCGCUGUGAGGUUUUUUUCUUGGUCAUAGUUAGGGACUCUAAGAGGGGCACAGGAUUAUUUGGUAGCUUGAGAAAAGACGUUUUUGAGCGAUGCACGUCAACUGGAAGUGGACUUUUUUUUUCCUUCUUGGGCAGUAGUUUUGCCCAAAUUUUCAGGCAAAUCGUCUCUAUACGAGUAGAGACACUUAGCAAUACACAUUUGGACUAAUUCUGUAGCGUCAAGGCAUAUAGAAAGGCAAAAGGACCUUCUUCCGGUUGACUAGCCUGCGUUGCAGCCGGCCCACCCACUCGUCUAGACUAUUAAUAUAGUCCAGGACCCAGUUGUUCGAAGGCCGACUAGCGCUUAACCUGGGGUUAAAUUUAACCCGGGUUUCUUUUUCUUGUGUUCAAAAACAUUUUCUCGCAUAAUUUGCUCUGUUAUUUUUAGAGCUUCGAAUCAUCAACUUGUAGACAAAAAGAAUUACAACUGAAAUGCGUUUUAAGCUUUCAAAUAUGAAUUCAAAUCUCGCGCUAACCCUGGGUUAUCUUAACCCAGCUUUGAACAACUCGGCCCUAAAGGUUUAGAGGGUCUGCGACUCAGGCAACCGGUUGACGUGCGUUGCUCAAAAAUGCCUUUGCUUGAGCUCAUGAUUAUUUCUUGGAACUGUCAAAUGACACCCUCUCUAAAUAACGCUGGUUUGGUUUUUAAUUAUUUGUUAUAUUAAUUAAGAGAAACUAACCGCGUUUGCAAGAGUGUUUGAUUUUGAGGUGUCCUCGACGUAAUUUUAACAACACUUUGAUGUGGUGAAUGCCAUUCUUUGUAAAUUACUUGAUGAAUUCUUUUGUACCAACAGAAUCUGUCUUUUGAGGUAGAAGACGAUCCGUUUGAAGUGAAGCUAAGGGAUAAUUACGCGGUAUGAUUAUACUUAACUGGUGCUAUUACCGAAAAUAUUGGUAAUUUGUUGUUUUAAGGUAUUUCUUGGUUGACAAAAGAAAGGUGAACUUUACGUCUGUGUGGCCCGGACAAUUAGUGCGACAUCGGAAACAUGUUGAGGGCACCGCACAGCGACAUGUGCAGUUGUUCUUACAGAAAAAAAAAAAGACGUCGCCGGCAUGACUAAAACAAGGAGUGUUUUGGGGAUGGAAAAUGAACACUGUCAAGGUUGUCGGACUCGACGAAGGCGUUUGAUGAGGGCUGGCCACGUUAUGUGUAAUUUCGAUAGAGGUAGAUUGAUGGUGACACUUUGAAGCUGCAUACGAUAGAGCGCGCAAUUUUAAUUGCUGUGCUGGUUGUGAACGUAAGGGCCCGGUUCGUUUGCUUUUGCGUUUAUAUUGCAGGCAACAAUCAAUUCAAAAGUAUUCCAUUGUGUUUUUCAGCUUUUACUAGACGAGAUGGAACAGUGGGAGGAACGACAGCAGUUACUGGAAGCUAAAUUAGAUGAAAUUAGAAAGAAGCCAGGAAAUUCCCUCACAGGUGGGUCUUUCCAGCACCCACCCACCCCUUCCUUAACGCAACAUUUGUACUAAGUAACAAGUAAGUGCGAACGUUGGGUUUCAAUGGGGAGGGAUAGUUAGGGAGUUUUUAUUAAGACUUUUGUAUUGGUUCCAGAAUAGUCGUCGGGUUAGAGGGACAGUAACAAAACUAUACUCCUCCAUUUUGAAGAAGUGUUUUCAGGAUUUUCCGACGCCUCUUUCAACGCCUCUUUAAUUUAUGUUCCCUGUGUAUUUUGCGUUUUUCAGUGAAAAAGGAGGAGGCACUUAAACGAUCCUUAGAGGAGAAAAAUUCCCAAAUAUACAUUGAACGUUCCAAGGUAAUCCAUAGAAUUUUUCUCGGUGGUUUUAUGGUUAGCACCUUUUACGCUGUAGUUAGACUUAAACAGGCGAGAUAAUCUUGUAAUCUUGUGUAGUGAUGUUACUUACCUGUACCUCUCACAAUUAAGUUGUGAAUAUACGAUAGUUGGAGAUUUGAUUAAAAAAAAAACUUCAAAACUUUUGCAGCUCUUUGGAAACGAGUAUUUCCUCAAUGUUCGUUACGGGAAUAAAGACGUACAAACAGAGGCGGAUCUAAGAUUCGGUGAGAGGGGGCCGGGAGACUUGCCAACUGUACUAUAGUACUACUAUUUAUACUAUUUACAAAAAACAGAAUCAAAAUUAAAAGUGCCAACACUGAUGCAUCUUGAAUCUUUUAGGCCAUCUUGUCAGUUUAAUUAACUGGAGGUGCGCUUUGCGUCACUGUCAAGACUGUCGCUAUCAUUAUCGGUAUUAUCAAAAUUCAAUAAGUCAAUAAAUGACACAAUCACUCGUCGUUCAUGGCUACAUUUUUGUACGCAAUGUCAAGCUUACAUUAACGUGGUUGGUUUUGUUCUGUUCCUCUUUACUUCCAAACCUUCAAUUGGCGACAAAAUAAGUUGAAACAAUUCUCCCUAAAGGGCCUCUCUGACGUUUUGCCAACUUAAAAAGGGGGAAAUAAAGCUUUCCCUCCCCCAUCGUCUCCAUGCAAUGUUGUGCUGCUGCCCAAACUACCUGAAGAAAACAGCAAACAUGCCAACUUUGAAUGGAGGGGGUGGGGGGGGGGGGGGGGGGGUGGGGUUUGUUUUUUUUUCAGAGGUUCCCCCUUUUAAGGAAAAUGCCCCCUUAUUUUUUUCCGGGGUAUUAGCCUUUAAAGAGUGCCGCCUUCUUGGGCUGCUUUAUUUUAAUCCCUAACCAAAAAAAACCAACAUAUUUUUGGGAGAAAAAAAAAUUGAAAACAUUUCCCCCUAAGGGCCGUCUCUAGCUUUUCCCAAAUUAAAAAGGGGGAAAUAAACCCUUCCCCCCCCCAUCGUCCCCCGGGAAAGUUUGGCUGCUGCCCAAACUGACGGAAGAAAAAGGAAAAAAUGGCAAAUUUUUAGGGGGGGGGGGGGGGGGGGGGGGAGGGCUGUGGAUUGUUUUGUUCUCAGAAGUUACCCCAUUUAAGGACAAUGUCCCCAUAAUUUUGUCACGGGUAGUAGUCAUCUAAGUAGUCGGCCGUCUUAGGCUGGAUUACUUUAAUCACUGACCUAAAAAAGUACAAAUUGUUCUUUUAUGAUGUUCUUUUUGUCUUUUUGAAAUCUUCAUAUCAUGUAACAGGCAAUGUAUAACGAGACUCCUAUGAGAACUUCGCUGUUGACUUGGGAAUUCCAAGACCUGGAUCUUUUUGUGCUGGCCGAUGAUUCUUAUCAUGGACAAAAAGCUGUCGAUGUUAUGAAACGACUCGACAGUGAUAGGUACUCGUUUUUCUUACAUUAAAAGUAUCAUAACUCAGACUAAUUAGAAAAAUAAAUUCUAAUCUCAAGAGGUCUUAGAUUUUUUUCUAUCGUAGCUUUCGAUGGUAUCGCACAGUCUUCAUCAGCAGUCGAAAGCUACAGUACUGAAAAAUCUGAGACCUUUUGACGUUAGAAUUUAUUUUUCAAAUUUCAAUUCCACGGUCAAGAAUGAGCAUUUUGUCCGAAUCACUCGAACUUCAUCAGCAAUUACAUUCAACUGAUAGCUAGGACAGGCAGCGUGGCGAGUAGUCUUCGCGUUGGUCUCGCAAUCCGGCGGUCCCGGGUUCGAGUCCCGCUCUGGCCACUUGCUGGAUUUGUUCUCGGUAGUCCCGAGUUCAAAUCCUCGGCCACGCUUGUAAAAUAACCAACUGGUUGCCUCCUGCCAGUUGGGGUUUUUCAUCCUGUUACGUUGUAUUUGAAUUAUUUGUUUGUAAGUAUUUGAGUGGAGUGCCUGUAAGCUAGCUGGAUAAGCUAAGUGCACUUUCCACCAUAAACAAGCCUUUAAUUAAAGGGGCUGUGUCACGGCAGUCCAGUUCAUUUUGUUUAAUUUUGCCAAUUACUCGCCCUCAAUCGCUAUGGAACUUAAAGUAAGCAAAGAAAUUACUUGUAAAUGACAAAAUCAGAGAUCCGAGACAAACAAAUAUGUCUCCUGAUCAUUAUUUUUGAAAUUGCAAGUAGCAAGGAUCAACUAUGAAAAACUAUUAGGCUGAACAGUUUUCAAAGACCCUAAUUUCAAUUCGUUUCAAUCUUCUUCAGUUUUGCCCAUCCGUGGCAUCUGUUGUUUCUGUUAUGUGAUUUUAACCUUCCUUUGAAGUUUUAAGCGGUUAUUUUUAUGUUUCUCUUAAUUUAACGGGCAUUUUGUAAUUUCCUAAUUUGGCUCUAUUUCGUGACACAGCUCCUUUAAUUAAACCUUUUUAAGGACCUCGUGACCUGUUGGUCACGUAGUCUUAAGAGGUCGUUAAGGUUUUCCCUGUUUAAUGACUUUAAGCAAUGCUGUGCGGAUCGAUGCUGUGAGCAGGAGAGUUCAUAAAGUUUCAAAACUCGUAAAGCCCGAACAGUGACCAGCAUAAAUGUCUUUUUAGAACAGCACUACUGAAUGAAACAUGGAACUGAGGAAAUGAUCACCAAUGGAAAAAGGCCUUGAGUUUUAACCAAAAAAUUAUCCUUACGAGUAGAGAGGACUGUGUGGAGAAAAUGAGUGUCGAUACAUGUAUUGUGAUCGAGCUGGGUGGUUUAAGACUAUAGGCUGAUUACUGAACUAGCUGUAAAACUUUUCCGUAAUAUGUUCGUUCUUCCAAUGAUCUUUAGGUUUGGAUGAUUUACACUAAGAAUUUGGUGCAAAAAGCGACGACAUGAAAUCAACGUUUGUCAGUUUUUCAUCACCGUGCUUUUACUGCCCAUAAUAUUUUAAACUUUAUUGGCACAGUUGUUCUAUUUCUUCUAAGUUAUUGUAUUCUGUUAUAUCAUUAGCCCAUACCCUCAUUCAGGACUCGAAUUUACAACGCUUUGGUGUCGUACAAUUCAAGGAAAACUGUACUCACAUGAGGUUUGCUACUGACUUAUUUGAUUGUGAUAUGCUAAGGUGUGUGCUAAUAUUUCAUGGUUUCGUGCGCUGUGAUGGAUUUCUUUCUAUUUGUGUUGGCUAUAAUUUAAUGAAAUGCCUUUCUUUGUUCUAUUGUAGUGCCGUUUUAGAGAUUUUCCUCAGGCAGUAUUUACCUCAGAGUCUGUUGAAAUGAAGGGAACCCUACUUGGUGCCGAGCAAAAACCUGCCAACAGAAGUAUGUUUGCUGUCUUGUAAAAAUUAGUGAACACUGUUUUUUUAUGUAUAACUGACAAGUAUCUUAUUUUUUCCUUCGUAAUUACACAGUAGCAUACAUUAGAACUCAUUAGCAUAAUUUAGCAUGCAUAAUUAUCCUUAAGUUCCAGAGGGUCUCGCAAGUUUUUUAAGUAUGCUGGGAAGUGGAAAAAAGACGGCAGAAAUUUCUGCCAUUAGAGUUGCGUUUUUUAUCUGUGAUAAUACGCGAGUUACAUUCCUAGCCUCUCUGACAUUACCUAUUCUCAGCAAAAAGCGAUGAAUAGAAUGUCAUUUAAGUUUGGAGAGUAAAACUGACCUCUUUAAGGAGAUCCAAAAGUACCAGGGGUUUCUUGAUAUCACUGGACUAAUUUCGCUGUGUUUCAUUUGCCCUGAACACUUCCAUAAGAAAUGGAAUUUCCCCGUGAACGAUGUCUUAUGAAAGGAUUUUUUACCUGAAAGUCCACGAAAUCUAUGUUCGCCCCUGAAAAAUUCCCUUAAAAGUUAAUGUUUUCCCCUUACGAAUUCCCUGUUUUUUCUUUUCUCCUGAAGAAUUAUGCUUUCCCCUAAUGAAUUCCACCUGUCUGUAACCUGGGGGUGCACAUAUUAAAUACAACAGACAGCCCAAUCCAAAUCCAAACAGAGUACUGAAGGUCCCUCGUACCCCGCGCGUUUCCUUGUCUCUCGCGCUGAUCGUUCAUCUCGCGCACUAUACAGUGCAUUUCUUACGCGCUAGCCACGUAGGCUUGUUGUAUCUUGGAUGGUUUACUGUAGCUGUGUGUGUAAUCAACAGGUAAGCGAGAAGCGGUAGUGCAAGUUGGCAAGCCCUGGAGCAAUGUGACUAUUUCAAGGAAUUUAAGUUCACUUAAGUACUUUUACGACCUAAAAUUUGGUAAGUAAUCGGUUUUAAAUUGCUUAACAAGCAUUGUAGAUUUGUUCAUUUUUACAGCAAUC